UAUUUAUGAAAAACCCAUUGGGCUAUUGAAGAAAUGGACUGAGCGGCCCAUAGAGUUUGAGAAUAGGGCCCACGAAGACCAAACAUUGAACACUCACUCACUCACUCGUUCGUUCGUUUAGACAAGAGUAUCGCUAUUCGCUACUGGCCAAGGUUUGUGCAGAGAUGCUGAGACGAAAACCAAGCAAGAUCGAACUCAAAAUCGAAGACAAGGAAGAGCUCGAAGCCUCUCGCAAACGCGCCGCCGAAAACACCACCACCGCCGCCGCCACUGCCACCUCUACCCUCCUUCAACAACUCGACCGAGCUAACAAGGACCCCUCUUCCAAAGCCCACCGUAUCGGCCUUUCUUCCUAAUCCCUAAAACCUCCAUGGAGGUUGAGGUCAAGCUUCGACUUCCAGACGCCGCCGCUCACCGCCGAGUCACCGACCUCCUCACUCCGUUCCUCGUCACCACUCACCGUCAGGAGAAUUGCUUCUUCGACGGGGCAGCCGCCGAGCUCUCGUCUUGCCGAGCUGUUCUUCGGAUUCGUUUCUCUGAUAAGGAUCCUCGAUGCAUGGUCUCGCUAAAAGCCAAAGCGGUUCUGGUGGAUGGGAUCAGUCGUGUUGAGGAGGACGAGGAGGAAUUGGAUGAACCCUUGGGCCGGGCCUGCGUUGCCGAGGUGGGGAAGCUUGGGCGCGUCGAGUCUAGGAUCUUGAAGAGGGUGAGGGAGGAGUUUGGGGUUUUGGAGUUUGUGGGGUUGGGGGGUUUUGAAAAUGUGAGGGAUGUGUAUGAGUGGAAAGGGUUGAAGUUGGAGGUGGAUGAGACUAAGUAUGGGUUUGGGACUUGUUAUGAGAUCGAGUGUGAGAGUGUUGAUCCUGAAGGGGCGAAGAAGGUUCUCGAGGAGUUCUUGAAGGAGAAUGGGAUUGAGUAUUCCUACUCAGAGGCUUCCAAAUUUGCAAUUUUUCGAUCGGGGAAACUACCUAGCUUACCAUAAUAAUUGAGAUUGAAGGUGACUGGGUGGACAGUUGGGGUGGAAAUAAGAAAUGCUGCUGAUAGAGUAGGAGAGUGCUGGAAGGCCAUUAGUCCAUGUCCCCUUUUCCAACACCAGUAUUUUCUUAUCCUGAUUUCUCUUAAAAAGAACCAAUCAUCCUGGUACUCUUUAAAAUUAAGUAGCAGAUUUUUAUAUCUACCUGAGGAAUUUGGAUCAUUUGUGGAACUUGCACAAUUCUGCUAAAUAACUGGCAAAUUUACAUUA